AUGCACCUGAGGCACUGUCUUCUUUUCCUUCAUCAGUCUGGCUUAGACGCAUUGGAAGCCCAAGCCAAGAUAGUGGAUACAUAUGGCGCUGACGCUAUCUUUUACGACACGUGCAAGAGCUGGAUGGCCAAGUUCAAGAAAGGAGAUUUUUCUCUCCAAGUUGCUCCAAGGUUCGGCCGGCCGGUGGAGUUAGACUUGGAGUUGCUGCAAUCCACAAUGGGAGAGGAUCCGUACGCCACUAUCAGGGAACUUGCAGCGAUGCUUGGCCAUGCCCAGUCAACUGUUAAAUCUGGGCUGGAGAAGAAUGGAACGGAGAUUCUUAAGAGUCUGGUGCUUGCUGGGGUGCAUUCAGUAUGCAUAGUGGACAGUGCAUUCGUGGACACACCUGAUCUCGGCCAGAAUUUUUUUCUUCGUAAAUCCGACAUCGGACGGCCGAGAGCGGAUGCCACAAUUGAGUAUUUGAAGGAGCUAAACCCAUCAGUCAUAGGACACUCUCUGCUUCUAUCUCCACUCGACUUGUCAGACGAGGAUUUGGCUGUCAUGCUACAGUUUUUUGUCGUUGUCGGAACCAACCUACCUGAGGAGGUGGCGACAAAGAUAUCCUCUUUUUUGUUUGCACAUGGUGUGCCUUUCAUAUCGGCUAGGGCUUAUGGGUUACUAGGCUAUAUUCGUACAUACGUGCAAGAGCACACUAUAGCCAAUGAUCAUGAAGAAAAUGCACUUCCAGAUUUGCGUAUUGAUCAGCCUUUCCCAAAAUUGCUGAAGAUGGCAGCAGAAACAGAUCUGGAGUCUAUGACGAAAGAAGAGCUGCGGCAUACUCCCUACAUAGUGCUGUAUUUGAUAGCUUUACAACGUUACAGGGAAAUUAUGCAGCAGAUACCAUGCGUACAUGUGUUCAAUAUCUUCCAGGAGGUCGGAGAUGAAAGUGCUUUUCCUGAUACAUAUGAAAAAAGGAAGUUUUACCUGGAAAUCUUAUGGAAAAUGCGUGGAAAAUCUUUGGAAGCCGACAAUUUCAACGAAGCUAGAGCAGCCGCGGCGCGGUCAUUGCACAAGACAGUGAUGCCUGACCACGUAAUGGACAUUUUGAUGGAUGCGAAUUGUGACGACUCCUCCAAAUGUGUCCAGCCAUUCUGGCUGAUCUGCAUGGGACUUCGACGUUUUGUCAAUAAACAUGGUGUUCUUCCACUCUCAGGUACACUUCCUGAUAUGGCAAGCGAUACGAAAAGGUACACACAAAUCGCAUCAAUUUUUCGUGAGAAGGCAGUUUCCGAUGCUGCUGAAGUAUUUAAUUACACCCAGGAAGUUGAGAAGGAGAGAGGCGUCGCUAAUAUGAUCUCGGAAGAUCUCUGCUAUCGUUUCUGCAAGAAUGCCACUAGGAUACGAUUGCAGCGCGGAACAGAGAAGGACUCUCCGAAAGCGUUUCAGGAUUUACUGAAUGGUAUUGCAAAUUCAUCAGAAGAUGGAAGCGGUGUGCCUACUGCAGUUUGGUUCUUGCUUCUGAAGGCUGCCGACAAAUUUCAUAGGGAAAAAGGAAGGUAUCCGGGAACAAACGGGGUUCCGUGUACGAUUGAUGCGCUUGAUCUCAAACAACGAGUUGUGUCCAUUAUUUCUGCAUCGCGAGUGGAAAAUCCGGAAUCGAUAAUCUCGCAAGUACCGCAGAACGCUAUAGCCGAAAUUUGCCGAUUUGGCGCUGGGGAACUUCAUGUUGUAGCCAGUCUCAUAGGAGGUAUUACCGCCCAAGAAGUCAUCAAAUUAGCAACGAAUCAAUAUGUACCACUGGACAACACGUUCAUCUUUGAUGGGCAUACUCAGCGAAGCAUGGUAUUCAGAAUGUAG